CUCAGAGCCUAGGUCCCCAGGGAGUGUCUUUCAUCUCCGGUUUCACAGCCUAAGCCACCAUCUUUAAGAUGUACCAUAUGAUGUCAGUACCAAUAGGCAAAUAUUUUUGCCUACUGCCUUCUUGCCAUAAUUACCAAGCAGUAUUUUUCUUAGAUCAACGGCUCAAGGUUUUAUAGCUUACAAAUUAGUGAAGAUCCGUGUGCUUGGAGCGGACAUAGGCUUUGUAGAACUUUGUGACCUGUUGCCGGGUAACUGGACCUAAGACUGCUCCGCUUCUCUCUGUGAGCUGUCAGGCUUCAGAAGCUCGGUCAGCCCCGUCAAUAGUUUCCUGAUACUAGAAGGGAAUGAGCGCUUAGUUAAGCCCAGGGCUUGAAAAGCAGUUGUCGCCACUGCCUGCCCAUAGCCAUGACGCACUUCGUGUACUUGGCCCCAGAAAUCCUGCUUCCUUUUAGCCCUCUCACUUCUACAGAGUUUGAGCUGAUCAGACGCAAGGCCCGAGAACGGUGGCAGGAUGAGACGCGGUGGUCUGCUUCUUCAGUGACAACCUACUCGGGGAGUUACCGGGAAAAGCAACUGGACGAGGCCACCUGCAACAGACUGGCCCAGAGAGUGAGCCAGCCGCAGUUUGAAUACAAACCAACACCAUUGCCAGGCAACUCCGCCUACAACACUCUACUGGGCCAGGCUGCUUCCCAGGAGGCCACAGACAGCAAAGGAAGACUCCCUGGUAUAACAAGCCCCUCCGGGGACAGCCCAUUGGCCAUCAAGCACAGAGUGACACAUCAGAUUUGGGGUUCUGGAGCUCCUCGUCCAGCAUUUCUAGCUUACAGAAGUCUCCGUAUGUCCCCCCGUAUGCAGCCCAAGAAAACAGGCUUUGAGCUCCUCAUGAAUUACAGGAACAGAGGAAAGAACCUGCUGAAACAACUUCAGCGACAAUGGGAUUAUGAAAGCAAGUUGGGCUCCUCGAAGGACUCAGAGAUGGAUCGAUUCUCCUCCAAUACCAGUGGAAGCUUAGGGCGCAAAUUCAAGUGAUUUCAAGAAAGAGGCAUAGACCUAGAGCCCUACCUAGUUUCUGUGUUAAGCCAUUGAGACGGGCGUCCUAAGGAGGCUUUGGUGGGGUGUGCACAUAGGGAAGAUCUCGCUGAAACUUC